UGUGCGGACCGGCGCGACGCCCUCUCCCAACAGCCCUCACAGUGAGCAUGAGGCGAGAAUGCAUGGCGUGAACUAGAGUGAACUUGUUAGGUGCGUGUGUGCUGGGACUCCGGCGUAUCCUUUUUUUCCCUCGUAGUUCCAUAUAGGUCUGUUUCGCUUCAUUCUCUUGCGCGUGAGGGAAAAAAAGUUCAGUUUUAAUACGGAUGCGAUAAUUGUUGUAUCUGAUGAAUCCUGACGAAAGUGCUAAGAUUUCUCAGAGGAAAAUGAGAAGAAAUAUAUAGUUAUACACACACAUAUAUAUAAUCAAUUCUAUUUUUAGAAACUUCUUGUGUAUCGAUAUUAGAAGAUAUUAACUUAAAUUGUUACAAACACAUUUAAGAAGAAACGAAUAGAAGAAAAUCCCAUGUUGAUAUAAAUGAAUGUUAAUUAGGAACGCAGUGUAUAAGGAGUUUUACUCACCUGUGGUCAGAUAAAACAAAUAAAAAACGAAAAAAAAAACGAGAAACAGGGAAAAAAAUAAACAGUCUACGUUACUCAACACAUAAGGUUCCUUACGAUGAGAGUGAAGAUCCGGUGAGCACCAUGACGCCCAUGUGAAUGUGGGCGGACCCCAAGGGCGGCGGAGGAGGCGGUGCAAGCGAGUGGCGGCGGGUGGGCGUGCGGGCGGCGUCUUUGCGAAGUCUCUCCGACGGGCGCUGGCUCUUCGUCAUGGCUGUCAACGUGCUGAUGCCGCUGCUCAUCCCGCUCGGGGAACAGAUCACCAACGAGACCCAGCUGACUGGGGUGGGCAACCUGGUCUUCACGCAUCCUAAAUUCGAGGUUUUUGUGAAGGAAAACACCUCACCAGUCUUGCUCUUAACACUGCAGGCGGCCAGCAACUCUACGGACGCCGAUGUCAUGUACAGCGUGGUCGCGGGCGGGCUGGCAGGACUGUUCCUGGUCGACGGGUCCUCGGGUCACCUCACACUCACGUCGCCGCUGGACUAUGAGGCCAGACACACUUACGAGGUGAUCGUGGGCGGGCAGGCGGCGGGCGAGCGGGCGUUCGCGCGGGUGGUGGUGAGGGUGAGGGACGUGAACGACCUCCCGCCCACGUUCUCACGCCCGCUCUUCGAGACGCAGAUCACCGAGGAGGACGACAGACACCUGCCCAAGCCCAUCCUGCAGGUGUCAGCCAUGGACGGAGACGUGAGCGACGAGAGCCGCCUCGUCUACACGCUGACGGGAGACGGUGUCGCGACUGUCAACAGCAGCUUCUCCGUCAGCGACAACUCCGGGCACAUCCACCUCCUCAGACCCCUGGACAGAGACGCGCCGACGGGGAGGGCCCGUUGGGAGCUCCAGGUCUCGGCCACCGACGGGAUCCACGAAGCCAGCGCCCUCGUCCACGUCAACGUCAAGGACAUCAACGACAACGCUCCCUUCUUCUCCACGCUCGUCAUCAACGGCAGCGUGCCCGAGAACGCCAAAGCUGGCUCUGAAGUGACGCAGGUGUCGGCCACAGAUUACGACGACCCGCUGGAGAGCACGAACGCAAUCUUGACGUACGCCGUCGAGAAGAACGUCAUUGACGAGUUGUCCGGACAGCCGAUCUUCACCAUCGACCCCAACACGGGAAGGAUAACGACUGCUCUCUGUUGCCUGGACCGAGAGAAGACGCCAACAUACGCCAUCCAGGUCGUUGCUUCUGACGGAGGAGGUCUCAAAGGCACGGGCACGGUGCUAGUGGUCGUGGGAGACGAGAACGACGUAUCUCCCAAGUUCUCGAGGGCGGAGUGGCUCCUGACGGUACACGAGUCGGUGCCCCUCAACACGUCCCUGGCCUUCCUCACCGUCGACGACCCCGACAUCACUAACGACUUCGCCUUUAGGGUAGUGAAGGGAAGCGGCCACGGCUGGGAGAGGUUCCGCGUGGUUCCUUCGGGCAAUGGCAGCGGCUCCCUGCAGGCGGUGAAGAAGCUGGACUUCGAAGACCCUGUGCAGAGGCAGGGCUUCAAGUUCAGGGUCCAGGUCUCGGAUCAGGGCGACUCCAACUGGGAGAGCAGCAAGCACGUGGACUCGGCGUGGGUGCUGAUUAAGCUCUUGGACGACAAUGACAAUGCGCCGCAGCUCUCCACGGAACUAGUCAAUCUCACGCUCCCCGAGGACGUCCCCGUCGGCCGCUCGCUCGCCACCUUCACGGCUUCCGACAGGGACCAGGGCGGCAAGGGCGAGGUGCACUACGCGAUAGAGCCCUCGAGCGACCCCGGGCGGCGGUUCGCCGUGGACAGUACGGGCCGCGUGCGCCUGCAGCGCGGGCUAGACCGCGAGGCGUCGCCGCACCACACCGUCCUCGUGCUGGCCAUGGACCGGGGGGAGCCGCCCCGCACGUCCACUGCCACGCUCCUCAUCACGCUCUCCGACAUCAACGACAACGCGCCGCACGUGGCCAGCCCCGACGGCAUCUUCGUGACGGAGAACAGCGGGCCGCAGCACGUGGCCGACCUCACCCUCGACGACCCCGACGACUGGAGCCUCGGCCACGGCCCGCCCUUCUCGGUGGCGCUCGAUUCCCACGCGCCCAGGCACAUCAAAGAGACCUUCGCCGUCGACUUCGACCAGAAGGGCGACGAAGGGCGGGGCGUGGCCGUGGUGACGUCACUCGCGCCGCUGGACCGCGAAGUCGCCGCUACACGACUCCUGCCGCUGGUCGUCGGCGAUGCGCGGGGACUCACAGCCACGACCACCAUUACCCUCACGGUGGCAGACCUGAACGACAACCUCAUGAGCUCAGCGGAUAAGACAGUUACCGUCAUUCGGUUGAGGGGCGAGACAGAAGCGCUCCCGUUGGGUCGUGUCUAUGUGGACGACCCCGACGACUGGGACGUGGCCGACAAGACGUGGUCGUGGCGCACGCACGAGAAACACCCGCUCUUCGCCCUCGACAGCCGCACGGGGGAACUCACCAUGAGCGGCCAUGCGAGGGACUCCACAUACUUCUUGCAGUUUUGGGUCAGUGACGUCACUCAGAGGCAGGUGAACGUCCCCGCCAACGUCACUGUUAGCGUCACGAGUCUCAGCCGUGACGUCAUCAAGUGUGCAGUGCCCAUCACCAUCACAACACACACGCCUCAGGCUCUGAUUGCCGAGGGUUUGCACGUAGCUGGGUCAGCCCUGGACGCCCUCCUGACCUCCGUGGAGUCGAUCGCCAACGUGGGCGUGAGAGUCAUUUCGCUCGAGUCCCAGACGCUCAAACUGACGCCCGUGAGGAGGGGGGGCACCCGCGUGUGGCUGACGGCGCGCUCCAGACAGCCCUUGGAUCAGCUCCUGCUUCUGCACCGUCGCCAGAUCUCCAGCGAAUCCGGCGUGGGCGUAGUGAACGUGGGCGUAGGUGCGUGUGUGACCAUGCCGUCCAUGGAAGACAGGCGGGCGUGGGUAGUAGACGCCAACAAGACGGCCCUCGUCACACCCCGCCUAGACGCCCUCGAUACAGGCUGCAGCUGCCACGCCCACCCGUCGCAGAUGAGGCAGCACCUCGCCCAUCUCGGGGGCGCCGACCAGCAGCCCAGCGUCGCCGCCGUCACCCACACCGCGUCGUGUCAGCCCAACCCUUGUCUCAACGGCGGCCGCUGCAUCGCCCUCGCCAACGGGCCCAGAUGCGUGUGUCCUGAGGGCACCGCGGGCUCCCUGUGCAAGCAGCUGAGCCGCCACUUCAGAGGCGAAGGGUGGGUGUGGGCGGCGCCCAUCCCACCCUGUAGCCGCGCCCACAUCUCCCUCGAAAUUCGCACGACGAGGGAGGAGAGCCUCCUUCUGUACGCGGGGCCCGGAGACAACCUGGCGCAGGCGUCGCCGCAACUCCUGCAGGAGGACGUGCUGAGCCUCGAGCUACGCGGAGGGCGACCGAGGCUGAUGCUCGACCUCGGCAGCAGCCCGAUCCUUCUCGAACCCGCCCACGCCCACGCCGCCCCCAAUCUGGCCGACGGGCGCUGGCACCGCCUCGACGUCGUGUGGGGGGACCAUCGAGUGGACGUGGUGAGCGACCUGUGUUUGGCGGGCGGGGAGUGCCGUCUCACAGCGCCCCUUCCCGCCACCUCCCUCACCCUGGGCGUGGCGGCUCCCCUGCAGGUGGGCGGCCUCGCCAACCCGCCGCCCGAUCACCACGACCACGGCUGGCCGGCGCCCCUCACCGCCCGCGCCUUCCUCGGCUGCAUCCGGAACCUGCGCGUCAAUGGCGAGCUUCGCGACCUCGGCGAUGCGGUCCUGGGCGAGGGCAGUUCUCCCGGAUGUUUCCAUGGCGACGCAUGCGCAGACGGAGGCGUCCUGUGUCCGAAGCAGGCAAGGUGCGUGAGAAGCGACGCCGGACCCAAGUGUGAGUGUCUUCCGGGCUGGGAAGGCGACACCUGCCACCUGAGGACACAGCCUGCCUCCUUCAGCGCCAGCAGUUACGUGAAAGUGGCCCUGUCUGCCGUGCCACCACCGAACACCACAACUGUUCACUUGAGAUUUCGCACGUGGGAGAGUUCGGGUCAACUCCUGGCGCUGAGUUCCCAGCACGGGCGUGACCUGAUGGCGGUGCAUCUCGUGGGCGGCCAGGUCUGCCUCAAGCUCGCCCUCCACCAGAGCCCCACCAUACACCUGUGCCUUCAACAGGUGCACCUCAACGACGGCAAGUGGCACGCCGUCAGGAUAGAAAGGUUCGGGCAGUGGGCGGAGCUUGUAGUGGACGAGGGCGACGGGCCCCUCUACAACGCCACCGCCACGCCCUCCUCACUCCAGGGAUGGUCCACGCCCUUCCUGGUGGACCGGCAGGAAGGCGUGCACGUGGGCGGCUCGCCUGAGUACGUGGGCGUGAGCCUCUUCACCGUCCACCAUGAUUUCCACGACGGAUGCCUAGACGACCUCCGCGUGUCGGGCGUGAGUCUCCCUCUCCCGCCCCUCGUCAACACCUCCGCGUGGGCGCAGGCGACCAUGUUCACCAACGUCCAGCCCUCCUGCGCCGCACCUGCCGCAUGCGCCAACGUCACCUGCCCGGAGCCGCUCACCUGUAUAGACGUCUGGCGGAGACAUCAGUGCGGCUGCAGCGAUGGUUCAACGCUGACUCGAGAGGGAGGCAAAUGCAGGGAUGUGAACGAAUGCGUCUGGUCUCCGUGUCUGAACGGGGGGACGUGUGUAAAUCAAGACCCAGGGUAUUUUUGCGUCUGUCCAAAAACAUAUAUAGGUGACAAUUGUGAGGGAGCAGCCAUUUCCGCGCCCUCGCUCUCCCUCUCCGUGGGCGCCCUCGUUACAGUGGUCGUGUUUGCCGUUCUCCUGUUCGCGGUGGUGCUAGCGGCGUACCUCGUGCACCGUCGGCGCCGUCAGAAGCGAAGUCUCUCGAAGAAGGCAAGUGCCGAGUCGUCGUUCGUGGAGAAGACGACCCAAGACGACAGCCUUCACGACGGCGAGCACGACUUCCCCGCCGACGUCAUCGAACUUCACCUCGCGAAGGACCUCAAGUUCUCGGGCGAGCGAUCCAAAAAUGGACACGAGAAGAUCGCCGGCGUUGACGUCCUCAGACACGAUGGUCCGCCCACGAAGAGAGGCGAGGGCGGGGCAGAGGGAGGGUGCGGGUGUCCCCACCUCCCCUCCCUCGAUGACCUUCGAAACUACGCCUACGAGGGAGACGGCAGUUCACCCGGGUCGCUGUCCUCGUGCUGCUCCGGAGGCGACGGAGGCGGCGAGGCGCGUCUCCUCGGAGGUUUCCAGGACGUCGCGACCUUACUGAACUGCCUCGGCGGGCAACCCGAGGGCGGCUCUCCGUCCCAUUCCGGCGCCGCCCUCGCGCAGCCGAACAAGAAGACGCCGGCAUCUUCCUCCUUCGGUGCUGCGGCGAAGGCCGUCUCCGGGGGCAGCCCUUCAGCGACGCAGCUUCUCCUCGCGGGCAAGAAGGCGGAAAAGGGCGGCGCCGGCGAGGCCAUCGCGAAGAAGAGCAUGAGCAUCUCUAUGUCGAAGGCGGACACGCUGGAGAUCGGCCUCCACAGCGGCGGCGCGGAGGCGGAGCUGCUCUUCCAGCCGGCCGCCGUCAGCAGCAAGUGCCACUCGCUGCCGCGGCUGCGCGUGCCGACCAUCUUCGUGAACAACCUCCACGGCGACCCGGGGGACUCCAAGGGCCGCGAGACCUACCACUACUCUCUCAAGAGGAACAAGGCGCCCUUCGCCGUCGAGACCGCGCUAGGGAUCAGAGGUAAUCCCCCCGGGUGCUACUGCGCGCAGAUCCCUCCUCCUGCGGGCUUUGAGGAGAAUCCCUCGGUCGCGCACUUGAAAAGUCGGAGUGCAUGCAGAGCGUGCGUCACGGUGGCGCUGCAGAGCGAGGAGCGGCUCAGCGCCUACGGCAUCCCCCGCCGCAGCCUGUCGGCGUCGACGGUCUCGUACCUGACGCCGGCCGGCCUCAACACGCAGCUGGUGCAGCCGGCCGCCGUCGCGCCACUCCCCCCCUGCGGCCACCGCACCUGCUCCUCCCUCAGCAGACAUUCGGCGGAGAAGGGCGCGGGCGUGUGUCCGUGCAAGGUGUCCGCCGUGUCUGGCCACAGUGACUACACGGGUGGGCAGAGUUGCCAGAUGCGCGCCGGGUCGGAGAAGCUGGGCGGCGGGCGGGGAUAGUACUCAGAAGGCGGGCGGGGUGGACGUCGGAUCAAUAUUUGGAUCUACGAUAUAUGUGCCUCUAUGUUUAAUACAGUGUUUUUAUGGAAUAUUAAAGAAUUAACAAAGAUUCAUCAAUCUGUCUUUCACCUUUGUGUGCUACACUGACUCUAGAUGCGAGAGAUUCGGGAAAGGUCAUGAUUUAUACUUUUGUAAAUCUGUAGCUGUGUAAAUCACUUUGUGAAAAUAAAGACAUAUACGGAA